UGGUGACCGAGAGUGUGAGUGCACGGCAGGAUGUUGGAUAAGAUGGAGCUUACAGGAGGAACUUUAUCUGUUCAAUCCUCCAAAACAUAAAACAGCCAUAUAUUUCUCUCUAUCUGCACUUCGUACACGAAAAAGGGACUGUUGUCGCUUUGAAUCGGCAGCUUUGGUUUGAGUUGUUUAUAUCCCUCGAGUGGAGCCGAAUGUUGGUGGAUAGUGGCGCAGGUUGUGCACACAGGCGCGGAUAGUAGAGAGACGGGAGACGGGCUUGGCAGGUAGACGGUUACCGUAUACCGUAGGGGGAUGUUAUCUGUACUUUCAUACGGCAGAAUUGUUGCCAGGGCUGUCCUGGGCGGACUCUCGCAAACCGACGGCAGAGACUACAGACUGGUCACGGCGAGCUGCGGAUUCGGGAAGGACUUUCGGAAGGGGAUCCUGAAGAAAGGCAUGUGUUACGGCGAUGAUGCCUGUUUUAUUGCCCGGCACAGGUCCGCUGAUGUCUUGGGUGUUGCGGAUGGUGUGGGGGGCUGGAGGGACUACGGUGUGGACCCGUCCCAGUUCUCUACCACUCUGAUGAAGACUUGUGAACGGCUCAUAAAGGAGGGCCGCUUCACACCCAGCAACCCCGUGGGCAUCCUCACCUCCGGCUACUAUGAACUUCAGCAGAACAAAGUGCCACUGCUGGGGAGCAGCACAGCUUGUAUAGUCGUCCUGGACCGUAGUAGUCACAGGAUACACACAUGUAACCUAGGAGACUCAGGUUUCUUGGUGGUUCGGGGCGGAGAGGUGGUCCAUAGGUCAGAUGAGCAGCAACACUACUUCAAUACCCCCUUCCAGCUGUCCAUUGCACCGCCAGGGGCAGAGGGCGUCGUGUUGAGUGACAGUCCUGAGGCGGCAGACAGCUCCUCCUUUGAUGUCCAGUUGGGGGACAUUAUUCUGACCGCAACAGAUGGCCUCUUUGACAACAUGCCUGACCACAUGAUCCUACAAGAGCUCAAGAAACUCAAGAACACCAACUAUGACAGUGUUCAACAGACUGCCCGCAGCAUUGCUGAGCAGGCUCAUGAGUUGGCCUACGACCCCAAUUACAUGUCUCCUUUCGCUCAGUUUGCCUGUGACAAUGGUCUGAAUGUAAGAGGGGGAAAGCCUGAUGACAUCACUGUGCUGCUGUCCAUUGUGGCAGAAUACACAGACUGAGCAUGCUCAGUGGAGUGUACACAUGUGUCUUCCACUUCCAUUGAGUAUUGCACUGCUUCCCAUCUCCCAGUACCCAUCACCCUUUCCAUUUUUCCAUUUCUUGAGUCUAUCUCCAGUUAACGCAUGGAGGAUUGCAUGAACUCGCUGGUGUAGGUGGUGCUAAGUGGUACAAAGAAGUCUACAAUCAGUCCAGAAUUGAUGACCUCACUCGUGGCCAUAAAGAGUGUGGGAAUCAUUCACCCAUCUUCAACCUGUGUUGUAUCUGAGUCAUUUUAGAUGGGCCUUUUAGCAAAAAGUCAUACAUUAUACAAAUUAAGUUGUUUCUAAUGGAAGGAGCUGCUAAAAGUUGUUGAAACUGGCGCAAAUGAAAAGUGAAGUAUGUCUAUUGAUGUUUUGUUGUUAAAUGGUGGGUUGUCUACUUCUUGAGAGCAAAAUGAAAGAGUUUCUCUGAAAGGGUUAGUUCAUCCAAAAAGGUUUUUUUGUCUUUGAAGCGGGGGUUUUCUAUAUUAAUGUAUAAUAAUUGUCGUGUAUGUCAUCUGUCGACUUUGGUUAAGCUGUAAUGGAAAGUAGGUUAGAGUUCAGAUGGAGGACUGGCUGAUUUAAACUUGUUUGGAAAUGCAAGUGCUUCAAGAGAGGCUAGUUAUUUCAAUUUAAAACACAAACCUGCCGCUAGAGUGAUAAGACCUUUAUGUUCACCGUCAUAUGCAGUCAGGUCUUGGUAAAUAGCUUGUAAGUCCAAAGGCAAAAAGGAGACUGGAUGGAAUGUACCGCUUGUGUUUGAUUAUACGAGAUAGAAACUGUACACUGCAUGGACGUCAUGCCAGAUAAAGUCACAAUCUGCUGAUGCAAAGAUACACUUGCCAUGGGGGACAGUGGAUGUUGACUGUGAAUGUGUAUUGGAUGUAUAUUUACAUGACUUUACUUUUCAACCCUUGAGUUUCGAAGUCUACAUGCACAGAUGGCUAGCAACAGGAAAUGCUUUUUCAUGAAAUUGAAAGGUCAAGUAUAUAAAUAAAGGUUUUAUUUUUAUAAAUAUUUAGGUUCUAUUGGACAAGCUUCAAAAGAAGGCAGACGUUAGCUAAUGUUGGUCUUUAUGGAUAGACUGUAAGGCCUUUUGGUAUUUUCUGUGCUCCCUAGAAAAGCUUGUUUUUUAACCGUUUGAAGGGUAUCUAAAGCCCCCUCCCCCCAGUGUCACUCUAGAUUUUUUCCAGAGAACUUUUUCACAUUAAUUUGCUGCUGUAAUUUGUAAAUUAUAAAUGUAUGAGCGACUACAUUAUUUAUAUGAAUGUGUGUACCUGUACAAUAAACAUGGGUGAGCUUAUGACGUUUUUUCUUUCGCAAAAGCAACAAUUGAAGCAGACGGUGGGGUGUGAUUGGCUUGCAGUCUUUUCCGCUUUGACCUUUCGAUAAAAUAGAAGCCGUUGUACGAAAUGCAUAAAGCAUUGUCAUAAUUUUUGUCCAAUUUUUUGUAAUUGGGAAAACAUGAAGCAAUACGUUAAUCUAAAAUAUGUAUUUUUUUUCCCUGUCAUUUAAGGCUGAGUUUUUCAUUUUUGUUUAUGAGAUCUGUCAAACAUUGUGCAUGCCCAGGAUGGCCAACCUCGGUCCAGUAUGUAUUCAAUUGGUUAAAAAUGAAGUAUAUCCCACAAAUGAAUGGCAUAUGCUUUAAUUUUCAGUAUACUGUAUAACUAAACACUUGUACAGUACCUGUAACUCAACAUUUAGAUGUUUGGAAAGGUUUGCUAUCCUAUUCCCUACAUAGGCCUGGUCCUAGUUCUCCAGUUACAGAUGGAGAAGACCAUGAGCCCUCAAAAUUUGUGCCUGCAUCAGAAUUAGAUCAGAUCUGUGGUCUCUUAUCAUGUGUAAUGUCUUGUGGUAAUCUUGUGAUAAAUGUAUUGUGUAAUCAGUAAAUAAAACCAAAGCAGGAAAGCCAUAAGACCAGCAUAAACAAGGUGUUUUCACCCAUCAUCUAUCUCACCCUAUCACUGUCAACUACAAAGACUACAAUCAAAGCGUUAAAUGUUGAGAUUUUCUAAUUAAACCACCACACUGUCGUAUGUCUGCUUUUUUUCUAGAUGUAUGAGUAAUCUUUAAUUUUGAAAAAGAUUGUUGUGAACUUGACAAAAUGUGUGAUCUAGUUUGAAGAUGUUCUUUAGCUGUCUUUUUAUGUUAGUGAAAUGUGACGUAUGUAAUUUCUGCACCUCUAGUGGCACCAAACAGAACUGCAAUCAAUUUGUCAAAAUCGCAUUCAUGCACCAUGCAAACACACACACACACACACACACACACACACACACACACACACACACACACACACACACACACGCGACCCAUGUUUAUUGAUGGCAAUGACAGUGAAAAACCUUUGGCGCUCACCUGUUAAAGGGUAAAGACCACGCCUUCUCAUGAAUAAUAUCGAGAACACCCAUGACAUAGAUUUGCUGAAAUUCAGUGGAAAUUUAUUUCCUAUAGAAAUUUAAAUAUUCACAUUAUCUUCCCUUGUGUGCAAGACUUAUAUUCCUGUUAGCAUUUCAAAAAAUGUGUUGUAGUUUUUCAUGACCCUUUAACAGGUUGCUCCAUAGCAACAUUGUCUGAACCAAUGGCAUGAGUUUGAGAGUUUGUCACUAGAGUUUGAACUAAAUUACUUAUUAUAUUAUAAUUAUUGCAAUAGUUUUUAAUAAAGAAUGUAACUGUUUGUUGAACAUUGGUGUCUUUAGCUAGACCGCUUCACAUCAUGCCUAAGAAUACCCCUUACCUGUGGUAUAUUCACUGUGAUGUAUUGCUGUUACUUUUGCAAUCUGUUUGGUGCCACUAGUGGUGUUGAAAUCCCACACUACACCAUUAAUCAGUGUCAUUGCAUGAGAUGAUGUUACUGAACCGGUUUUGUAACUGGAGUUUUGCCACUUUCUCCUUUCGGCCCGUCCAAAUCCAAUCAGCUGUCCUGAUGUCAAAAACAGUGCAGUUUUACUACAUUACAGUCAUUUCAUAGAGUUACAGAUCUGCCUCUCUGAGUAGAGCUGAUAAUGUCUGAAUGCUAAUCAAAUUUGAGUCUGUUUCACCGUGUGUGAACUUAAGACAAAAGUGUCUCCCUCACACACACAUACGCCUUAAAGUCUCAUACCGUCCCCUCCAGAGGCCUUUUUGUGGAAAAGCUUGCGUGUCUUGUAUGGGUGUUGCUUAAAGCAGUUUGUGUCCUCUGGUUGUACCAUGUCUGUUCCCUCUUUUUGUUUGAUCGUUUCUAUGGUGCUUCUGCAGUCAAGAUGAGUCUCUGUUUCUAAAGCAGACAAUGUUUGAAAGCGAACUACACUUUUUGUGUGUACAGUGUAACAAUGGAAGAAUAGGUCCUGUAAAUAUAUUUUCCAAGUUGUAAAAUAUUUAAAUAAAAAAUAUAUAGUAUUUAUACUAAAA